UGUCUACGGUGUUGUAAUGAAAAUAUUAAAUGUCCUACGCCCACACGGGAAGGGGCGAAUGCCGCUCUGAAUAGCGUCAUUAGACUGGUGGAACUGGGCAGGAGUUGGUCUCUGCACUGUCAUGGGGCGGACAGUUGCCGGGUCCGGGUUGUGAGGCACAGUUGUGCUGGGGGCUGGUGCUGGACUCCUUCUGUGUUGUCACCCUGCCAGGUGAAGUCCCAGCUUGAAGAGAAAGAAAAUCAGAAGUUCCCUGUUUUUAAGGCUGUGUCCUACAAGAGCCAGGUGGUGGCGGGAACAAACUUCUUCAUCAAGGUGGACGUCGGCGAUGAGAAGUGUGUGCACCUGCGCGUGUUCCGGAGCCUGCCACAUGAGAACCAGCCCCUGGCCCUGCACGCCUACCAGACCAACAAGGCCAAGCAGGACGAGCUGACCUACUUCUAGUCCCCUCCGUCCCGGGACCACGGAGCGAAGGACGUCACUUCUGUGCCGAGCCCCUUAUGGCCCGGAGGGUACUGGGAGGCAGCUGCUGCCACGUGGGGGUUCCCGUGUCCUUGAGGUGGUAUUUUCCUGCCCCUUUUAUGAUCUUAAUUACUUUCAAAGAGCCCCACCCUGAGCUCUCUUUAAAUCUAUUUUCACGUCUUUACUA